GGCCAAUAAAGAGCGGAGCGAGGCGGACCUCAGGUGCGCGCCUCUGCGUCCCCUUGGCACGGCGCCCAGGAGAUCGAGAGAGAAGCCUAGCUGCCCCGUGGCGGAAAAGAGUAACUGUCAAAGGCAGCUCCUUUAACAAGAGAGCUAUCACUUCGGCUCCGAGAGUUAUGGCGACCGCAGCGUCCAACCACUACAGCGUCCUGACUACCCCCAGCAGCGCGCCGCCACCGCACUCGGAGUCCGGGAGCAUGCAGCAGGCAGCGGCGUACAGGGACGCGCACACCCUGCUCCAGAACGACUACACGCUACCCGGCAGCGGUCAUCCCCUCAGCCACGCGCACCAGUGGAUAACGGCUCUGUCGCACGGGGACGGGGCUCCGUGGCCGUCGAGUCCCCUCGGAGAGCAGGAUGUGAAGCCUAUUCUACAAAGCGACCGGGAGGAGCUGCAGAAUUCCGCUAGUCUGCAGCAACAGCAGCAGCAGCAGCGACACCCUCACCUAGCGCACCAGGCGCAUCACGACGCCAGGGCAUGGCGAACGAGCACGGCCACCACGCACAUCCCUGGUAUGGCGACGUCUGACGGCCAGAGCCUGGUGUACUCCCAGUCUGGGUUCGGCCUGGGGGGACCAGAGCAGAUGCACCACCACUCCCUGCGGGACGAAGACCACCACAGCCACAGCCCGCACCUGAGCGAGCAUGGAGGUGGGGGCCAAUCGUCCCUCUCGCACCACCAGCACGGGGGACACCCCGACCACUCGGACGAGGACACGCCAACAUCGGACGACCUGGAGCAGUUUGCCAAGCAGUUCAAGCAGCGGCGCAUCAAACUGGGCUUUACCCAAGCUGACGUGGGGCUGGCGCUCGGGACCCUGUAUGGAAAUGUAUUUUCCCAGACCACUAUCUGCAGGUUCGAGGCGCUUCAACUUAGCUUCAAAAACAUGUGUAAACUCAAACCACUGCUUAACAAGUGGCUGGAGGAGGCGGAUUCCACCUCGGGGAGCCCCACCAGCCUAGAUAAAAUCGCGGCGCAGGGGAGGAAGAGGAAAAAGAGGACCUCCAUCGAGGUGGGCGUCAAGGGGGCUUUGGAGAGCCAUUUUCUCAAAAGUCCCAAACCCGGCGGCGCAGAGAUCACCUCCAUAGCGGACAGCCUGCAGCUGGAGAAGGAAGUGGUGAGGGUUUGGUUUUGUAACAGACGGCAGAAAGAGAAGAGGAUGACGCCCAUUGGAGGACAGUUACCUGGAACCGAGGACAUGUAUGGGGACACACCACCUCACCACGGCGCUCAAACCCCGGUACAAUGAUCUGAAACCCAUUAUAGUAAACACACGGAUCCCUAAAGGAUAUGAAUGACCCCCUAUAUGUUUCUCUGUGCCGGGCCAGUUAGCAUUGGACUGUAGCCAGUGCUAAUUUUGGACCUAUGGAACACAGUGGGAAUACCGAGUGUUGGAACUAAAGCACUACACCCAAGACACAGCGAGAGCUAUGGGGAGUUUUCAUGCAGUGGAGAUGCUACGCGCAAUAUUGGCUACAUGGACCGUGUUGGUGUGUGUGCUAACCAAAAAAGGUUCAAUAUCAUUGACAUCAAAUCGAUUUUAUGGUCAAGGCGCCAAUAUGUCGAAAUGUGUAAAAAAGAAAGACAGUAUAGGCUAUGUGCACGAGCCUACCCGCGGGAAACAGGCAUACAAGUUGCAGUUGACAGUCGGUAAAUAAAACGCCAUCUUUCCGUCAUAACAAAAGCAACAGGGGUUUAACACGGUCGAAGCUCAAUACACCUGCUGAACCAUUUAAUACUAGCCAGUGCCAUCACCAGCAUAUUAUUAUUAGGCCUAGUGUUACUGUUAUUACCAAGGUAUUAUUAUUAUGUUUCUACCACAAAGGCAAAGCAUAUACCAUGGUUUUACUGUUUAUUUCCAGAGUCAUACGGCAUGCAUACAUGGGCACAGGGACAUGGGAUAUAUUGAGAUGUAUUUUGAGAUGUAUUUAAUCAAUAAAUCAAUAUGAUCAAUAUUUAAUCAAGUUCAUUUCAAUCAAACAUUUGUCAUAAUUGGUUUCAGUUUGACUAACUAGCCUAUAUUUGAAUUGCAGUUGGUUAAUGACAAUACAAUUGUAAACACAGUAGAUAAUACACUGUAAACAACAUAUUUACCAAGGGACAAUAUCUCAGUUAUAUAUGUGGUCAGAUUGUAUCCAAAUAAUCUAAACACAUUUUUUUCAUCAACAUUCUAAUGUCAUAUAAUAGGCCUAAAUAAUAAUAAUAACAAUAAUAAUAAUAAUAAUACAGUAAUAAUAUUUGUGGCUUGUGUAUGCCUUUGCAAGGCAAACACCACGGGGUCAAAAGAACCAUGAAAAUGAAUUCAUUUUAUUUUCUCUUGACACUUCAUGUCGUGUCCAUCAUCGUGUACAUUUGACCGUUCUGCGCGCCUUUUUACAGUAGGCUAUGUGUUGUAUUAGUAUAUUUAUUUAUGUAUUUCCAAAAUGCUGUGACCAGAAAGACCGAGACUGUAACGAUCAUACCAUAUCACUGAAGCCUGCCAUUUGCCUUCGUUUCGUAAGAAGAAAAUAACGGAAUAUAUCUGUACCAGCUCUGUCUUCAGUGGCUCCAAUUAAUCUAUACAAUGAUUAAUUCACUAAGAAGAAUUAUUCGUGGGAUGUAACUUUAUUUGUUUUUGUAUGGCUUUGUAUGUUUGUUUGUUUGUUGAAUUUCCUCUUGUAGACCAGUGCCAAAGCACAAACACGUGCACAUGCUUUUGUGCCACUCAACUCCUGCUAUAUAGGCUAUCUGACAGCAUGCAGGGUCUGGGUCAACUUUGGCAAUUCCUGGACUAAAUUCAAAACCAAGGACAAUAGUCAAAAUAUGUAAAUUAUUUCAUGAAUUUGGAUUUGAAUUUGAAUGGCGUCAGGAGGAGGCUGAUUCGGGAUUUGAAAUGGAGUGACAGGAAUUGAAUUAAAUUCAUGGGAAAUUCUCCACAUAGGCUACUGACAAAAAUCAGAUUACAUUGGUAUAGCAAAUCUUUGUGAACCAAAUUGGUUUAAAUAGCAUGACAUAUUUGGAUUAUUUACCUAAAAUUAUAGGCGUACCAUCAAAGUAUAUUGUGUAGGCUAUAGGGCACUUCAGCGAGAUUAUGUGAAAAAUAGCUAUUCCCCACCACACCAGUCAAACUAGUCUACUAUUUCACUGAAAAUUACAUAAAAAUGUAGCAUAGGCUUAUUUAUUGACACAAGUAGGCCAAGACUAAGUGAAAAGGCUUCCUAGGAAAAUGCAAAUUGGGUAGGCCUACACAUUCAAUACAAAGAAUUGCUGUCAUUCACAUUGAUUUUUUUUUUUUCUUGACAAUUCAAAUUCAAACUCAAAAUGUUGGAUUGGAUUUGAGUUCAUAAGCAUUCUGAAUUGACCCCGACCCUGUGACUCUGAUCAACUGAAGGGUAAAAUAAAAUAAAAAAUUGCACAAUUUCUAUAUUAUGCUUUUUGUCAUUAAAAUGUAUUUGUUUUUUUAUAA